GUGUGGUCAAAACUAUUCCCCUUGGGACUCUAUAUUUUCCCCCGUACUGGUGAUCCACGGACCUCCGCGCACUCCUAUGUUUUUAUUUUGGAUCGUCUCCAAUUACUCUUCAAACCCGCAAGACUCAAUAAGAUACCUCGGACGAUGUUACUCCCCUUGCGCAGAGAACAUUCCCGGUUCUCGUCAUUGUCUCUUAGAAAAAAAACCUACCGCAGAUUUAGUCUUAUCGGAUCUGACUCCCUGCGAGCGCUUGCAGGGUACUGUACUUCUACCAGACUGUGGAGGUCCUCCCUACGUUAAUUUUUCAGCGGAAUCGAACCCCGCCCUGAACCGUUGGAUAUUUCAUAUUCUUCUUCUUGGCUGCCUAUGCCCCCACUGCUAUCACGCCCACUUGUCACCCCGAGGAAUGCUCUGUCUGGAGCCAACUACUGGGAUAUUUUUCAAGGCUUCCGGGGAGGCUGAGUUACUCUUCGGCGCGGCGAUCUACAAAAUUUUGUACGGAGUGCCGGAUUUCGUUCCGGGCAGCCCCGGUGGGAGACUUAGACCACGGGCAACCGAUUCAGCCGACGGGGAGAUGAAACCGUUCACCACCUCAAAACGUUUCUAUUGAGACCAAAACCCGCAGUCCCAAGAUAACCGCCCGAACGUUUUCCCUACACCGAACGCUUGCGUGUGAGCAAGCGGGUUCCCCAUACUUCCAAUAAGGCCGUGCGCAAAGCUUCCAACUACUAACCGUGCCAAGGUUCCCACCACUUCGAAUGACGCUAAGCGACCUUCGAAGUAGGUGGCACUCCCCUGGAGUGCCGCACAGUUCAACAAUAGGAACAGUUCAACGAUAGAUUUAAUCAAUACAAGUGGAAAGGUUUCCAACAAAACGCCGGAUUUCACGACCAAAAACCACACGAGACUUGAGCCUCUUCCUUCUCUCCUUGUCAACCUUUCGCAACUCCUUACAAAUAUCCUUCCACUGUUUUUUGACCUUUUUGACCACUGAAUUUCUGGACAUUGUCCAAAAGCCGUUGAGCUUUUUGAAGCUCUUUCUCGACGCUUUCCUGCUCUUUUUGGGCAAUCAUUGCCCACGCCGCGUGGGCGUAAAGGCCCCCCCCCC